AGAUGAGAAAUUCCAGCCACAGAUAAGCACUGGUUCAUGUGAGCUGGUUCCUUAGACACAGAGGCUGUUGGAGCACCUGCUAGAUUAUUUGGGAUGGGAUUUAUGCCAACUACAUUAUAUCGACUUUCACAUUAAGUAAAUACUAGCCCAAGGCUAAAGGCAGUCUUUUUUUUUAAGAAAUAUAUUUGGGAUAUCACUAACUACAAGAUCCAGUGGCACCUCGAUUCUAAAGUCGCAUUGUCAUCAGACUUCUACAAAGAUCAUACUUAGCCGAUAAAGAAGAAAUAAGGGAGCUCUCCAGUGGUUCAUCAUUUGCCUCCAGAUUUCUUUGGGGGUUCUGUAUGUACAUUGAACACAUCACCCUUAUAAUGCCAACGACUUGGACAUUGGGCAAAGCCAUUGCUGAAGAUCCCAACUGCUUUCCUUGCUUAAAAGAAUUAAGCUCACUAUGCUGUAGGCAGUGAAAUCUUUUUUUUUUUUUUUUCAAUGGAGCAGAAAAUACAGACAUUGUCCUUUAAACAUUGUCUAUUUUUCUUCACUUUUCAGGUAGUAGUAGCAUUUUUCUUCUUCUCUGCUACAUUCAAAGGCAAAGUCAACCCUGAUGAUAUUUUUGUGACUGAUGUUCCUUCUAAGCCAGAGGAGCCAGUGAAAAUUAUUCUGCUGUGGACUUGGCCCUUUGGUUUUGCAUUUCCCCUGAAUCAGUGCCCGAGUCAGUUCGAUGGAACUGGUUGUUUCUUUACAGUCAAUCGCAGCUUGUAUUCAGAAGCAGCAGCUGUUGUUCUACACAGCAGAGAUGUAUGUUCAUCUAAGAACCAGUUACCACAGAUGCAAAGACCCCCAAAUCAAUAUUGGAUUUGGUUUACCUUGGAGUCCCCAAGCCACAAUCCCAACACAGGUUUCAUGGAGAAACUCAUAAAUCUGACCAUGACUUACCGUGCUGACUCUGACAUCUUUACCCCUUAUGGCUGGUUAGAAAGGCAUGAUGGGACAGAAAACGUUUCCAUCCCCGAGAAGACAAAACUAGUAGCCUGGGUAGUCAGUAACUGGAACCCAAAUUCUAGAAGAGUAAAAUAUUAUGGGGAGUUAAAGAAUCACCUAGCUGUUGAUGUCUUUGGCAACCAGCGUUUACAGCUUCCUAGAGAUAAACAUAUUGAAACUCUUUCCAAAUACAAAUUUUAUCUAGCUUUUGAAAAUUCAAUUCAUGAAGACUACAUUACUGAGAAGCUCUGGCAUAAUGCACUUGCAUCGUGGGCUGUGCCUGUUGUGUUGGGGCCCACCCGUGCUAACUAUGAGCGGUUUUUACCCCCUGACGCAUUCAUACAUGUAGAUGACUUUCCAACUGCCAAGGGACUUGCUGAUUAUCUACACGCACUUGACAAAGAUGAUAAUAGAUACAAACAACAUUUUAACUGGAGGAGAAGUCUAAAACCAGUGGCGCCUGACAGUUGGAACACCCAUUACUGCAAAGUAUGCAAAGCUAUAAAAGAAGCGCCGUCUUAUAGGACUGUUCCAAGCAUUACGAACUGGUUCAAAUAAAAUGAUAUAUAUGAAUCAAAUGAGCAUUAAAUUCUACCUAUGUAACUGGACACUUAAAAAUAUGUAAAUACCUAUCAAUGUAAUCUAUAUUAAUAAAUGAAAUUUUAUAAAU